AUGGCGCGUCACGCUUACAAGUCAACGCCCCUCUUUGGCGGGGCUAUCGUCGUCGACAUGCCCGAGAAAUUUGUGGACGUCAGCAAGAUUCGCACAGUUCCCGACAACCAGGAAGUCUACCUCGACAAUGACGGCUUUACCUCCAUCAUUGUGGACAUCCUCGAGCGCAUCGAGACAGAAGGCGACUCGCCUCUUGAGCGCGAUGGCAAGGCCAUGACUGCCCACCUGGAAGACAUCGCCGGCGAGGAUGCUGAAAACGUCAGGGUUUGGAACACAACCGAGACGCGCUUCACUCAUCUUGACCCCUCCAUCCCCUGCUACACCCUCAUCGCCACGACAAUCCCCAAGCCGAAGCAGCCCCUCAUCCCCGAAAACAUGCCCCCAGAGCUGGCUCAGCAACAGAUAGAAGCAGCCAAGCGCUCGGCGCCAGACUUCACGGCGCUGAUCAUGACGCUUGUGCGCCUUGAGCAGAAGCAGACCGACAUCAUCAUUACAAUCAACGUCCCGCACAUCAAGGGCGAGUACGACGAAGAGGAGGUGGAUCUGGAGCUAGGCAAGCAAGGCAAGCUGAUUGGCGACGCGGUAGAGUAUGCGGCGCGCGUGUGGGAGACGUUCGAGAUUAAGGACUGGGGUCUUUUUGCUUGA